GGAGCUGGUUUGUCCCGGCUCCAGAGCGGAGGGGCAGCCAAGGAGGCGGUGUGCCGAGUUCCGGCGGCCGAGGAUCGGGCGCAGAGGCCUGAGAGGCUGGCAGGAGACGGCGGUAGCGCGGGGAGAGCGGCGCCACGGGCUGGGCGCUCCCGGCGUGAGGCGUGCGCUCCAUGCGUGCGGGCCGAGUGCGGCCCCUGCGAGCCUCCAACAUGAAGAAAGACGUGCGGAUCCUGCUAGUGGGAGAACCUAGAGUUGGGAAGACAUCACUGAUUAUGUCUCUGGUCAGUGAAGAAUUUCCAGAAGAGGUUCCUCCUCGGGCAGAAGAAAUCACCAUUCCAGCUGAUGUCACUCCUGAGAGAGUUCCAACACACAUUGUCGAUUACUCAGAAGCAGAACAGAGUGAUGAACAACUUCAUCAAGAAAUAUCACAGGCUAAUGUCAUCUGCAUAGUUUAUGCUGUUAACAAUAAACAUUCUAUUGAUAAGGUAACAAGCCGAUGGAUUCCUCUCAUAAAUGAAAGAACAGACAAAGACAGCAGGCUGCCUUUGAUAUUGGUUGGGAACAAAUCUGAUCUGGUGGAAUAUAGCAGUAUGGAGACUAUCCUUCCUAUUAUGAACCAGUAUACAGAAAUAGAAACCUGUGUGGAGUGUUCAGCAAAAAACCUGAAGAAUAUAUCAGAGCUGUUUUAUUAUGCACAGAAAGCUGUUCUUCAUCCUACAGGGCCUCUUUACUGCCCAGAGGAGAAAGAGAUGAAACCAGCUUGUAUAAAAGCCCUCACUCGUAUAUUUAAAAUAUCUGAUCAAGAUAAUGAUGGCACUCUGAACGAUGCUGAACUCAACUUCUUUCAGAGAAUUUGUUUCAAUACUCCUUUAGCCCCUCAAGCUCUGGAAGAUGUCAAGAAUGUGGUCAGAAAGCACUUGAGUGACGGUGUGGCUGACAGUGGGUUGACGCUGAGAGGUUUUCUCUUUUUACAUACACUUUUUAUCCAGAGGGGGAGGCAUGAGACUACUUGGACUGUACUUCGACGAUUUGGUUAUGAUGAUGAUCUGGAUCUGACGCCUGAGUACUUAUUCCCCCUGCUAAAAAUACCUCCUGAUUGCACUACUGAAUUAAAUCAUCAUGCAUAUUUGUUUCUCCAAAGCACUUUUGACAAACAUGAUUUGGACAGAGACUGUGCUUUGUCACCUGAUGAACUUAAAGAUUUAUUUAAAGUUUUCCCUUACAUACCUUGGGGACCUGAUGUAAAUAACACAGUGUGCACGAAUGAAAGAGGCUGGAUAACUUACCAGGGAUUCCUUUCCCAGUGGACGCUCACAACCUACUUAGAUGUACAGCGUUGCCUGGAGUAUUUGGGCUAUCUAGGCUAUUCCAUACUGACGGAACAAGAGUCUCAAGCUUCAGCCAUUACAGUAACAAGAGAUAAAAAGAUUGACCUACAGAAAAAACAGACUCAGAGAAAUGUUUUCAGAUGUAAUGUAAUUGGAGUAAAAGGCUGUGGGAAAAGUGGAGUUCUUCAGGCUCUUCUUGGAAGAAACUUAAUGAGGCAGAAGAAAAUUCGUGAUGAUCAUAAAUCCUAUUAUGCAAUUAACACUGUCUAUGUAUAUGGACAAGAGAAAUACUUAUUGCUGCACGAUAUUUCAGAGUCGGAAUUUCUAACUGAAGAGGAGAUCAUUUGUGAUGUUGUAUGCCUAGUAUAUGAUGUCACUAAUCCCAAAUCCUUUGAAUACUGUGCCAGGAUUUUUAAGCAACAUUUUAUGGACAGCAGAAUUCCCUGCUUAAUUGUAGCUGCAAAGUCAGACCUGCAUGAAGUUAAACAAGAACAUAGUAUCUCACCUACUGAUUUCUGCAGGAAACACAAAAUGCCUCCACCUCAAGCCUUCACUUGCAACACUGCUGAUGCACCCAGUAAGGAUAUCUUUGUUAAGUUGACAACAAUGGCCAUGUAUCCAGAGGAUCAUUACAGAGGCAGCCUCUCCCGAGACAUGGGCAACACUGAUAGAAUAGAGAAUUUGAGAAAAAUCUGGUUCUUUCUAAAAACUGCUUUCCAUGCCCGGUUACGCUGUAUGUGCACCUGCAACAGGUGUACAUUUUGCAUCUGUCAGAACUUCCUCAACUCAGACUUGCUGCAAUCUGUAAAGAACAAAAUCUUCACUGCAGUUCUUAACAGGCACGUGACACAAGCUGACCUCAAGAGCUCCACGUUCUGGCUUCGAGCGAGUUUUGGUGCUACCGUUUUUGCAGUUUUGGGCUUUGCUAUGUACAAAGCAUUAUUGAAACAGCGAUGAUUAAAAAGUAAUAAUAAUCGGCCUACCAAAAGCAAAUACUUUUAUGUACAUUCUGAAUGCUUUAAAUUCUGCUAGAAAUAUUGAGAUAUUUAUACAUGCAGAGUUACUUUAUUAAUAUUUGUAAUUCAUGCAUAAGAGUAUUUUACUGAUAGUUGAUGACUGCAGUAUUGGCUGGCAUGUGGAAGAAAACGCCUUAGUAGCCAAAUUUAAGUAAGUGGCUGAAUUUCAGAGGCCAAAAGGGAAUAUUUUGUAAAUAAUGUAUAUAUUCAGGCAAGAUAUGGUCUCCCACACUGAGUCCUAGAAAUGGUGUUUGCAGACAUUUCUACAUUAGCGUCAUAGUGUUCACUCUGCUCACUCUGCUAGGUUUCAGUCACCAGAGAUGGCGUCACUCUUGACUCACAUGUUUAUUUCACGUUGACUCAGAAUGAUCCUUUGACUUCUACAGCCAUUUCUCCUGUUUCUAAGAUCACACAGGAGUCAAGGUUCGCUUUCCAAAACCACUUGUUUCCGUCACUUAUGCUAGGCCAGAAUCGAAGCCAUUGUGAAAUCUAGAAAAUUGUGUAGCUGAGGGUGUGACUGAGGAGCUGAGGCAGAAGCGGCUAGCAAAGGUGUUACCUGUGUGACUACAGUGCUUGUCAGUGUGCGGGAUUUUAUAGCCCUUUCAAUCACACGGGAAACAAUUUGUAUAUUAUCGAUGUUUUUAGUUUGAACAGGCCGCCCUGACCUGCUGAUCUUCAUCUGAAGUGAAACUGUUCUAUAAUGGCCGUGUCUGUUGUAGUUUCUGCCGUAGCUGCAUGUGUCACGAAGUGUUCUAUAUCUGGCCAGGAUAAUCUAGAGGCAGCACUUUUUUAAUGGUAAAAUAAAUCUAAUGAAUAUAAACUCUCACAAUAAACCUAUUUUUUCCAU